AUGAUAGGAUUGGGAUUAAAGAGACGUAUAGGACGGGAUGAGUUGAGACGAUUGACUACUGCUACUAUAGCUGAGAAAGCUGAGUUCACAGGAAGUGGACCAUUCAUUGAAUUACCCCAAUUUAGAUCGAUUGGGAACCCCAGUAAAUUAUUGAACAUUACAUUGCCCCAAUCAUCAAGGUUGAAUAUACGACAUGGGUCGAUGGUUGCUAUUAAUGGAGAUUUAAGUCAAUUGGUGAGUUAUACAAGGUCCUUAACGAAAUUCACUCAAUAUGAAGAAUUACAUUCUGGUGAUUCGGUUUCAGUAGUGAUUAAUGGUAAUAAUAAGAAUUAUGCUAUUAUUGAUGCUGAAUCGAAAUCAUCAAAUGUGAAUAAUACACCAUGGAUUGUAUUGAAUGAUGAGAAUAUAAUUGCAUGGACAGGAUAUAAUUUUGAAUUAAAAUCAAAAUCAAUUCUUGAUAAAUAUCGUAGUUUUGAAACUUCAGGUAAAGGUACUUUAGUUAUAAAUGGUGAUAACGAAUUAUUCAGUAUACAAUUGAAUCCUAAUGAAUCAUUGUUGGUCAACCCCAGUACUUUGAUUGCUACUAAUGGAUCCAUUCUGUUUAAAGUUCUUGAUGGCCAAAAUAACGCUACUUUGACAAACAUAUUGAAAUCUAUUCCAAGUAUAAAUUUACCCACUGUUGGUAUUAUUGGACUGUUUGUGAAUAGUAUAAGGGCAAGAAUUAAUUCAUUGAAAGCAUUAAUCACUACGAAUCAAGUUAUAGUUGAUAUCAAUCGAUAUAUUGGAACUACAUCCCAAUAUAUAGCUAAGAUUUAUGAUCUGAUAAAAUUAAGUUUGACAGGAACAAUUAUUAAGAAACGUCCUAUAUAUAUAGAAAUUAAGGGUCCAUCAAAGUUAAUUAUCAAUAACAAUACCCUGGUGCCAAAUCAUAGAUUAUUCACUAAGACAGAAAUUGAAAAGAUCUAUAAUCAACAUUACAUAGAAUAG